CUCCUCCUCUUUCGAUUGGUGAAAGGCACAGGUCUCUAGCUGUUUGCGUUCUCGAGUUAUUCAAAAAACAGUCACACGCACGGACUUUUUCGACGGGCUAUAGCAAUAGUACAGUGGUGAUGAUCUCUUUGUAUAUAAUUGAUUGAUAAUGAAAGUUUGAUUUGAACUGUUACAAACAAUUUUCAAUGGAAUCUCUAUUUACACAUGCAACCACUCAUCAUUUUUUCAAUCUGACUUCAAAUUUUAAGAGGACUAUUGUAAAAGCAAAUGGCAUCGAUUUGUUGUAGUUCAUCAAAAAAAAAAAUUCGGAAUUCAAUAUCAAUUUGAGGGCAAAAAUUGAUGUUUGAUUUCAAUUGGUUACUCUAUUCAAAUUUGGACUAGUCUAAACUCGUAUCUUAGAAUGGUCUAGGCCAAUUUGAGAUUGGCCUACGACAUAUAUAUAUAUAUCAGUUUAGAGGAGAAAAUUGUUAACUCGAUUAAAAUAUGAGUCAGUCGAAAAUUGAACUUUCUGACUUGCCCAAUGAAAUAUUGUUUAUGAUAUUGAAAAAACUUGACAAUAUAAAUGUUUUAUAUUCAUUAAUGGGUAUCUACAACGAGAAAAUUGACAUUCUAUUAUAUGAUGAUAUCUUCACAAAUACUUUCAAUUUAGUUUCAACAUCAUCAACCGACAAUGAUAAGCAUAUACGCUCAAUUGAUGAUCGAAUAGUUGAUCGUCUUUGUAUUAAUAUAUUACCUAAUAUACAUCAUUAUGUCAAAUAUCUUCUUUUCGAAUCAAUGUCAAUGGAGCGUAUUCUUCUUGCUGGUAACUAUACAAAUUUAAUUUCUAUGAAAUUAUUUAAUUUUACACAAGAUAUUGCUUUAAAUUAUUUUACAGAUGAAUCAAUCUUUGAAUAUAUUUUUAAAUAUGAAAUAAAAGAAGUUAUUCUUGAAAAUAAUGAUUAUUAUAAUUCCAUAAAAGAAAAAACAAUAGUAUUAAAAGAAUAUACUAAAAAUGUUUAUUUAUCAAUAAUGAAUUUAUUCAAAAAUCUUAAAUCUUUAACUAUUAUUUCAUCAUCCAAAAUCUAUUAUCCACCAUUGUCCAUUCAUGAUUUACCAUCAACUACUUUUUUUUCUUCGAUUCUUACAAAUUUAUCUAUCAAUGUAAAUAGUUUAGAUGAUUGUCUUUAUUUACUUGAUGGUCGUCUUAAACAAUUAAUUACAUUUAUUCUACAAAUUUAUUAUAUACAUAAUCAUUCAUCAAUUCUUCACAAUACCGUAAGUUUAGAGUUUUAUUUAAUAAUUAUUUUCAAUACAUAA